CGUCAGAGGCCAAUGGCGGCCGCCGCGGCGACGACCGUAGAACCGUGGCAGGCUGCGGCUCCGCGGAGGAGGCGCUCGGCUGCGCGGCGGCCGCGGCAGAGGGAAGCAGCAGCCCGAGACCCGGAGACCGAGCUCGAGGCGCACAGCGGAGUCGCGCUUCGUCGCAUCCGGGAGGCUAAGGAGGACCUGCUUAUCUCUGAUUUCUGGAGUUCGGCACUAGAUGCCAUCAAUAGAUGUCUUACAAAACAUCUGAAACAAUUGAAGUGCCCUGUAAGGACUCUCUCAGGUGCCCUUGGAAACCUGCACCUCGACUCACCAGAUGAGUCAGACGUGGCCCCUGGCUCCAUCCCAGGGGAGAACCUGGUCACAAGGCCCUGCCAUUUGAAGUGUGUGUGUUAUGGCAUUGGGAACUUUGCCACCUGCGUCAUAGCUAGAAACCAGCUAGCAUUUUUGCUUCUCCUCUUGGAAAAGUGCCAGAUUCCCAGAAGUCACUGCUGGGUGUAUGACCCUCUGUUUAGCCAACUUGAAAUUGCCAUUCUUAACACCCUGGGUGUGAUUGUUCUCAGCGAGAAUGAAGAAGGGAAGCGGAGCGUUUGUGGGGAGCCCACCAUCUUUUACAUGCUGCACUGCGGGACGGCCUUGUACAACAACCUUUUGUGGAGUAACUGGUCGGCAGAUGCCCUUUCCCGGAUGAUCGUCAUCGGGAACAGUUUCAGAGGACUGGAGGAAAGAUUGUUGGCAAGAAUUCUGCAGAAAAAUUAUCCCUACGUUGCGAAGAUUUUAAAGGGACUGGAGGAGCUCGAGUUUCCUCAGACUUCACGGUUCAUGGAUGUAUUUAAUGACACCUCCAUCCACUGGUUCCCCGUACAAAAGCUAGAACAGUUCUCCCCGGAUAUUUGGGCAUCUCGGGAAGAACCAGAUUAUCAGGACUGUGAAGACCUUGAAAUCAUCAGGAAUGAGAAGAGGACAGCUACUGACUAGAACCUGUCCUGAUAUGUUUGGUAUUGGCUGCGGCAGAAGCUGCCACCAGAGACUAAAGGGAAACUGCCAUGAAGGGACUGCAGAGCUCCUUUGCACUGGGCCAGAUUUCAGAGAUCGGAACAGGAAAUGUGUCAACUUGGCUGUCCUGUUUCAAGGACGACACUCCAUGUAAGGAUCUGGUGGAAGGAUUUAUGUGCUUCUAAAGUAGCAUCAUGUUUUACAUCCCGCCCUGGUGACCUGGCCUGAAGUGGCGCCUCUCCUGAAUAGAGGAGUUAUUACCCUUUGGCAGAUGAUUUAAAAUACCGUUUAUUCGUAACAUGUCCCUCUCAGGUGCGAGUCUCUGCCGCGCCCCACCUGCCGGCUACUUGGCCAUGUCGAUCAGGCUCUGCAGGGAGGUGGGCACCCAGGUCUUCUCGCCCUGGACGAACACCACGCCCCGGUCGAUGUAGAUCACGAUGCGGCCAAAGGUGUAGAGCUGCUUCCCCUCGUGCCGCUUGCCGAUGACGGGCAUGAAGACGAUGUUGUGUUCCUCCGCCUUGGUCUCAAUGAGGUCCUUAAAGUUCAUGGGCACGGAGCUGGCGGCCACACCGAUGCCCCUCUGGGCCAUGUUCUCGGCCUCCCGCCGCUCCUGCAUGGCCUCGUACUGGAAGUCCUUCCUCCGCUCCGUGUGCGUGAGAUAGGCGAUGUUCUCCCGAGCCCCUGGCUGCAUGUAGGCGCCUGAGAGACAAAGCGGGCAGGGCAGUGAGGAAGGCGUUCCCAGAGGUGUGGAAGUUGACACCGUGACUUGGCCCGGGUCUGGGCACAACAGUGUGCCCCACGACUCACUGCAGGGCAGCUCUGCCUCACAGACACCACUCUGGGGGACGUCUGGAUAAAUGGCCAGUAUCAUGUGAAACACUGGUCUGAAGAUCUGUGGCUAGUAUCUGGUAACCACAGAGAUUAUUAAAUAUUCAACAUAAAAUGAAAUAUCUGCAAGGGAUUUAUCCUAUUUGGGGAGCUGAAACAUAGAUGUCUAAAGGAUAAUACAGGACCAUAAAUGCCAAGUGCUACUUAAGGGGCACACACAGGGGACAGUUCUGGGAACAUGAGGCCAGGGAUGGCUGAGGAAGAGUUUCUAGAAAAUAAGAAAGUGGACAUGGCUCUUGAAGAACCUGGCUAAACAGAGAAGCAUGUUUGCCUCAUUAAACACAGUCUAUAAUUA